UUAGAUUAGUGCAGAACACUGUACCUUUAAUUUAAAUGCCCUUGGAGUCUGCUGGGGAAGAGAAAUAAUACUGUCAGUCAGUAUGACAUGCAGAUGAGUGCCGUCGAUCUUAGAAUCACCGCACACUUCACUCAUUUGGGCAGUCACGGGGCACGACGAAGAAGAUGAAAGAUGAAGAAGAAGAUGAAGAAGAAGAUGAAGAAGAAGAUGAAGAAGAAGAUGAUGAAGAAGAAGAAGAAGAUGAAGAAGAAGAAGAUGAAGAAGAAGAAGAAGAUGAAGAAGAAGAAGAAGAAGAAGAAAAAGAAGAAGAUGAAGAUGAAGAAGAAGAAGAAGAUGAAGAAGAAGAGGAAGAAGAAGAAGAAGAGGAUGAGGAUGAAGAAGAAGAAGAAGAGGAUGAGGAUGAAGAAGAAGAAGAAGAGGAUGAGGAUGAGGAUGAAGAAGAAGAAGAAGAAGAAAAAGAAGAAGAAGAGGAGGAUGAGGAUGAAGAAGAA